AUGUCGAAGCGCCCGGGUUUGCUCGACCUGCGGGCCGACUCACACUCAUCAGUGAUGUCUUCAAGCUCGAGACCACUACGAUCCCCCCGCAUGCACAUUGCUGGCGAAGCACCACCUGAGUUAUCUCCCCUCGAUGCGUUCGCCCUUCAGAGUCGCCUGUUAGCCAAGCAACUUCAGGAAAGCAACAGGGAUGGAAACAGGAUGAGCAGACUACCUCCCCUUACCGUGGAGUCUCCGUUGGUUGUUCAAGGUAGAUCAGAGUAUUUUCGUUCGCUGUCAACAGAAUCUCUAUCAGAUCCUGAAUCCCCAGAGCCAUCCUCUGGUCUGGGUCUCAAAACUGAAAUCGAGGAUGCCUUUACAAACGAAGAACGACCCAGAUCUAUGCACCCACGUAUGAGCCGCAUACCACCUACGCCCAAUGCUGACGUACCAGCACUGCCCUCAUCAAUCCCGGAUGUGCCACGGGGACGACAAAUGAGCGUUGCCGAAGAGCGAAGAGAUGUUUUUGGUGCUCGCCAAGAGCGCUCACCAUCACCGAUUCAAAGCGAUACCAAGUCCCAGCACGAGCAGCACUCGGAAGUAUCCCCGACUCGUAUGGACAACAGCAUGCAUUCUCCUCCGUCUCAACAAGCGCAUAUCCUCACAGGCUCUCCGGAAAGGGCGAAGCAAGGCAGCUUUGAUGAGCUGGGCCUUGUCCCACCGCCUUCUCUCUUCCCUAAGCGCUCCUCGAGUAUUCUCUCCUCUCCCGUGCCUGAAGAUGAUGAGACAUCGAGCAAUAUGGGCGGCUCAUUUCAUUCUUUACCACGCAAAUUAUCUUCAGGUAGUGUUGCUUUGGCAAAUUCAAUGCAUUCGCCUGCUAUGAGUUCAUCCUUCAAAAGAUCACCAUCCGCAGCUUCAGAUUCAUCCGCCCUGCCGCGGCCGUCUUUCAACUUCUCGCGACCGCUAAGUAGGGCUGGCACACCUGGAUUCGAUAUGCCAACACGGCAGGCGUCCUCCGACAGUCAGCCGUCUUUCAUUUUGGCUGACGAUACCGCUCAUACUCCCGUCAGCAUGCAUAGCGAAGCAUUCAUGGAUCAGCAAACAGAAGAUGGUAAGGGCGCUACGUCAUACAUCUACUCUAAAUUCUCUCUUCCAAGAGGGAAAUCUAUCCAGCGAUCAGAACCGAAUGAAACCACGGCGCCAGCAACCUUUCAAUGGGAGCAGCCCAUGGUUCCGCCUAGCAACGUUCAGCGCUAUCCUAUCGGAGCCCCUCCUUCACCACCCACGCGGCCAUCCAGUUCAUCUGCUAGGACCGUUCCCGAUGAUGCCAUGAGCACGGCAGGAAGCCUGGCUCGGCCGUCAAUGGAGGCUGGCAAAAUGAGUCUGGACAGCUCGAGGCUUGCAGGCCCCUCAUCAUUUCCCUUCCGACCAUUGGCAGAUGCUCCUCGGAAGUCUGAGGAUGCUCCAAGAGGAAGAACGCUCACAUCCGCUUUGCACGAGCAAGCCCGAGGUAGGACACCGGCUUCCACAAACACAAGUGACUCUGCCAGCACAAUCCGACCACCGCCUACAGCUCGAUCUCUGGCUCCAACCGCAUCUGAGAUGUCUGCAGAGGAGCAUCUGGCCAAGGGUAUUGAGUGUCACGAAAACGGUUCGUUGAAUGAGUCAACCUAUCACCUCAGACUUGCCGCAAGACAGAACAACCCAACAGCCAUGCUAUUAUAUGCCCUUGCGUGCCGCCAUGGCUGGGGUAUGCGAGCGAAUCAGAGGGAAGGUGUUGAAUGGCUGAGAAAGGCAGCCGAACAUGCGAGCGUUGAAAUUGCCGAUGACGAGGAUCAAUUGAAGGACGGGCGUGCCGCGCCGGCUGCUGUUCUUGAGAGAAGGACGCGAAAGGCACAGUUUGCGUUGAGCAUUUACGAGCUGGGUGUUUCGCAUAUGAAUGGAUGGGGCAUUGAGCAAGACAAAUCUCUUGCGUUGCGGUGCUUUGAGAUUGCCGGGACUUGGGGAGACGUCGACGCUCUCGCCGAAGCAGGAUUCUGCUACGCCCAAGGCAUCGGAUGCAAGAAGAAUCUCAAAAAGAGCGCCAAAUUCUACCGCAUGGCUGAAGCAAAAGGAAUGAGUAUGGUGGGCAACAGCUGGAUUCACAAGGCCAAAUACAACGACGACGACGAGGCGUCACCAAGCAAAAAUAAGAAAAAAGCACGCAGCAAAUCCCGUACAAGAACCAUGUUUGGUCUAAAGUCCUCCUAA